AUUCAACUUUAUGAUAUGGAACCGUUGUUUAAUGACGCCAGCAAAGUGAAGUGAAUUGAGUUUGCAUAUAUACUCUUGAUUUGGUGAUUCUCUAGAAGAAAGAUGGAUGCGAAAGAAGAGCUCGGCGAAUGGGUAUGGCUCGCGCCGAAAAAGAUCGACGAAUUCGAGGUCCCGUACGCGGGUCGGGUGCUACGGACCCAUUCUGGCCAGACGCUCGUCGUCGAUGACGAUGGCCAGGAAACCUGGGUCAAAGACAAUGAGGUUAUCAAACCGAUUCAUGUAACGUCACAAAGAACGGUGGACGACAUGAUAACACUGGGUGACCUACAGGAGUAUGCCAUUCUGCGAAAUCUAAUUGUCCGCUAUCGUCAGAAGCAAAUCUACACCUACACCGGUAGCAUGCUGGUGGCGAUCAAUCCCUAUGAGAUUCUACCAAUUUACACGUUCAACGAGGUCAAUAUGUACAGAAAUCGGAAGAUAGGUGAACUACCGCCGCAUAUUUUUGCGAUUGGGGAUAGUGCCUAUCAGGAGAUGCGUCGGGAUGCGAAAAACCAGUGUAUUGUGAUAAGUGGCGAAUCGGGAGCAGGAAAAACUGAGAGUACUAAACUGAUUUUGCAAUACCUGGCGGCGACAAGUGGGAAACAUUCGUGGAUUGAGCAACAGAUCAUUGAGUCGAAUCCGAUCUUGGAGGCGUUUGGCAAUGCCAAGACGGUGCGGAACGAUAACUCGUCGCGGUUUGGAAAGUACAUCGAUGUGCACUUUAAUAAGGAGGGAGUGAUCGGUGGGGCUAAAAUUGAUCAUUAUUUGCUGGAGAAGUCCAGGAUUGUGAGCCAGAACAAGGGCGAAAGGAAUUAUCACAUAUUCUACUCCAUGUUGGCGGGGUUGAACAAGGAAGAAAAGAAGCUGCUGGAGUUGGAGGAUGCUUCAAAGUAUCACUACUUGACGAGGGGGCAAACGCUGAACUGUGAAGGUCGAAGUGAUGCUGGGGAAUUUGCCGAUGUCCGUGCUGCCAUGAAAAUGCUUUCGUUUACGGAUCGUGAUAUUUGGUCUAUCUUGAGUUUACUGGCGGCGGUUCUGCAUCUGGGCAACGUCAAGUACAAAUCAACCGUUGUUCAGAAUAUGGAUGCCGUGGAAGUGAAUGAUAAUGUGAAUGUAAUUAGGAUCGUGAAUUUGCUAGGAGUGAUGAAAAAUUCUCUAGUGCAUGCCUUGACGCGCAGGACCAGAUUCGCCCAUGGAGAGAGGGUGGUUUCGCACAUAUCCAAGGAACAGGCGCUGGAAGCCCGGGAUGCAUUUGUGAAGGCUAUUUACGGAAAGAUAUUUGUUAUGAUUGUGGAUAAGAUUAACACCGCCAUUUAUAAAUCAUCGCCAAAGUCGCGAAUUUCCAUUGGUGUUCUCGAUAUUUUUGGAUUCGAACAAUUCGAAACGAAUAGCUUCGAGCAGCUGUGCAUAAACUUUGCGAACGAGAAUUUGCAGCAGUUUUUCGUGAAGCAUAUAUUUAAGAUGGAACAAGAAGAAUACACCCGCGAAGGAAUCAACUGGACCAACAUCGACUUCAUCGACAAUCAGGACGUGCUGGACAUGAUCGGAAUGAAGGCACUGCACAUAAUGGCUCUGAUAGACGAGGAAACCCGUUUUCCGAAAGGAACCGACAUAACAAUGCUAUCGAAGUUGCACACUACCCACGGAACGAAGACAAUCUACCUAAAACCGAAGUACGACAAUGUACCUUCGUUUGGAGUGCAACAUUUUGCCGGAAAAGUAUUUUACAACGUGAAUGGUUUCUUGGAGAAAAACCGAGACACGUUCAGUCCCGAUAUGAAGGAACUGGUGACGAAGAGCAGUAACGAAUUUCUGGUCAGACUGUUCGGAUCGGAUGAUACGUUGGACACGUCGAAGAGGUCCGUUACCCUGUCGCUGCAGUUCCGAUCCUCGCUGGAAGCUCUGAUGAGGACAUUAUCUUCAUGCCAUCCGUACUUCAUCCGGUGUAUCAAGCCCAAUGAGUUGAAGAAGCCAAAGAUCAUCGACAAUGCCUUGUGCGUUCGACAGCUUCGGUACUCUGGCAUGAUGGAAACCGCCAAAAUCCGAAAAGCAGGUUACGCCAUUAGGCACAGCUAUUCGGAGUUUGUAGAACGCUAUCGACAUCUGGGCAAGAACAUCGGACCUGCCCACAAGGUUGAUUGCAGGGUUGCAUCCAUGCAAAUUUGUCAUCUAGUGCUGGCCACGAUACCGGAUGAUUACCAGUUUGGCAGAACCAAGGUAUUCCUGAAGGAAAGCCAUGAUGCAUGGCUUGAGUCGGAGCGAUCCCGGGUUUACUUACACUAUGUCAUGUUGAUUCAACGUGCUUUCCGACGAGUGCUGUUCUUCAAGUACAUUCGAAGGUAUCGCAUAGCAGCCAUCACAAUACAGAAACACUGGCGAGCACGUGGCUAUCGGUCCAACUAUCUGAUAAUUAGAAACGGUUAUAGAAGACUGCAAGCGGUGAUCAAGUCUCGCGACUUGACGUACAAAUUCGGUAGACUGCGAGAGGUCAUCGUGUACUUGCAGGCUCACUGCCGUGGGCAUUUGACUCGUAAGAACUUAAAGGACAGGAUCACCUACAAGGCCCAGCGUAUGAACGAAUUACUUGGAAUAAAACGCAGGGAGGAAACCCAAUUCAAGCAAUCCGGCAACAAACGCUGGCGGGAGGAUGCCGAACAUAACUAUUGGCUGCGCGUUGACGAGCUGAAUCAAGAGUUGGCCUUGGAAGCAGAAAUGAAGAGAACUAUCGAGAUGGUUCAACCAUAUCCAGCGAUGGAUGCGGAAGAAAACAACAAGGUAGUUGACGAUGUUUUCGGAUUCCUGAAUGACCCCAUGAGUCCGGAACCGGUACCUAAGCGAAAAACCGCCGACAGCGACAGCGACAGCGCCCCCGAUACCAUCUACCUGAGAAAUGGCGAAAAUUUUCCCUACCGCGAGGAUUUAUCCGACUAUAACUUUGCCAAGUACGCGGCCACGUACUUUGUCAACAAUGCGUCUUAUCAGUUCAGCAAACGCAAGCUUAAAUCCUCGCUGGUAGACUUACCCAGCCCGGCCGACACCAUUUCAGCACAGGCACUGUGGAUAACGAUUUUGCGUUUCAUGGGAGAUAUGGCGGAGGCGCGAUAUGAGGACGACAGCGAUGAAGUCAAGCACAAGCCCGUCAUGCAAAAGUUGACCGUUACGUUGGGGCGGAAUUUUGCCAAAACGAAAGACUUCCAAGCUUUUCAGCAAAAUUUGUCCGAGCAUGAACGGAAGUUGAUCCAUAGGACGUUGAAACGGAAAUCGAAAAUUCCUGCGGAAUUGAAAGCGAUCGUGGAGAAUACCGAUGAGAUUGCGGAUUAUCAGGAAUUUUUGAACAACCGAAGCUCUAAUUUGGACAAGUUGCAUUUUAUCAUUGGGCAUGGCAUAUUGAACAAGCAAUUGAGAGACGAGAUCUACUGCCAGAUUUGCAAGCAGCUGACGAACAAUCCCAAUUCUACCUCCCAUUCUAAGGGGUGGAUUUUGCUAUCGCUUUGUGUAGGAUGUUUCCCACCUUCGGAGCGAUUUGAAAAAUAUCUAAGGUCAUUUAUUCGGGAUGGACCGCAGCUGUAUGCUCCUUUCUGUGAGCAUCGGCUCGAUCGUACGAUACAGAAUGGCGCUAGGAGACAACCACCGUCAUGGUUGGAGCUGCAAGCGAACAAAAGCAAGAAACCGAUCACAGUUUCCGUAACCAUGAUGGAUGGGGCCAGCAAGAAUGUGGACAUCGAUUCCUCUAGCACGGCCGAUGAGAUGUGCCAGAAGCUGGCAAACAGUAUCGGGCUGAAGGACGAUUUUGGAUUUUCCAUUUUUGUAAUGCUACAGGAUAAGGUUUUGCCCUUGCAAAGUGGACGGGAGUUCAUCAUGGAUGCCAUUUCUAACUGUGAACAGUAUGCCAAGGAACAGGGAGGCAAUGAGAGGAGUGCAUCCUGGAAGAUAUUCUUCCGGAAGGAAAUGUUUGCUCCGUGGCACGAUCCGUCAGUGGAUGCGAUCGCUACGAACCUAAUCUAUGCCCAGGUUGUGCGUGGGGUGAACCUUGGGGAGUUGGUUAGCACUUCGGAUAAAGAUAUUGCUAUGCUGGCAGCACUGCAGUACUAUGCUGAUUAUGGAUUGGAGUUAAACACCAAGACACUUCAGGAACGAUUGAAGGACUAUUUACCGAGGAUCUUGGUUAGACCGGAUACUGCUUCUCGCUGGGUGCAAUUGAUUGAAACGGCAUUCAAGAGAAGUCGCUGCGUGAAGGAUGGUUUGCAGAGAAUAGUGGCCAAGGAGGAUAUCGUUCUGUUUGCUAAGUUGACUUGGGGUAUGAUGUUCUCUCGGUUCUACGAGGCUGUUCAAAUCGAUGGUACCAAGCUUCCGUCGAGUAAUGUGAUCAUUUCGGUCAACUGGUCUGGAGUGUACUUUGUGGAUGAUCAGGAGCAAGUGCUGGUGGAGUUGUCUUACCCGGAGAUCAUGCAAAUGGAUUGUGACGAGGGUGAUGCCAGUGAAGUGGGAACGUUAUUCAUCAGUACAAUUCAGAAGGAGGACUACGUGUUCAAGUCUUUCGAAGCAAAGCCGCUAACAGAUUUGGUAAACUACAUCCUGAAGGAGUUGCGCAACAGAAGCAUCUACGCCGUAGCUAUACGAACCCAUUCGAGUGAGGAACAAACGGAAUCGAUGUUGAGCUUAUUGAAGGGUGAUUUGGUAACGUUGGGACAAGGUUUCACUGGAGAAUCGAUCCUGGCGGAAGAUGCUACUUGGGGUUACGGAGAAUCAAAUGGAAAGUCGGGCUACUUUCCAACGGAAGCCGUUUACGUACUACCGACAAUCAUGCCUCCCCCGGCGAUGGUGUUGAAUCUAUAUCGGAAAGAGGGAGUUCUUAAAGCUAGAAAGCAUGCAGCCCCAAAUUACAAUACCAUUCAGAGAAGGAAGAUGCACAAUUUGCAGCGAUUUGGAGCUGAUCAGUUCAGGUCUCCUAUAAGCUUGGCAUCCUCUUCCGCCACCUUGAGCAGCGUGAGAAAAUCGUCAUCCGAGGAACUUUGGAGACAUACUCGGGAGCCAAUGAAGGCUCCACUGCUGCAGAAGCUGCAGCACGAUAAAGCCAGAGUUGACACGGCGGUUGGACUAUUUACCUGGAUUCUGAAAUACAUGGGAGAUCUACCGAAGGGCCGCGAACCGGUUGAUACCGAUAAGAUAUUUAGACCGGCGCUAAACGACGACCUGCUGAGGGACGAGCUGUACUGUCAGAUUAUGCGUCAGCUCACGGAUAAUCAGAUCCAGAUCAGCGAAGAACGUGGCUGGGAUCUACUGUGGCUGGCAACUGGAGUGAUGGUUCCCAGUCAGCAGGUCCUGAAGGAGCUGUUUGAAUUUUUGAAGACCAGAAAGCAUCCGAUUGCAGCCGAAUGUCUACAGAGAGUGCAGAAAACAUUGAAGCUUGGCCAUAGGAAAUAUCCGCCGUAUGUAGUCGAAGCGGAAGCCAUCCGUUAUCGCACGGUUGAAAUAUAUCAUAAGGUCUACUUCCCUGACGAUACGGAUGAGGCAUUCCAGAUUGAAUCGUCUACCAAGACCAAGGACUUGCUGCAGACGAUCACAAAACGGUUGGAGCUGAAGUCGAACGAAGGUUUCAGUUUGUUCAUCAAGAUUGGUGAUAAGGUUUUCUCAGUACCGGAGGAGUACUUCAUCUUCGAUUUCAUUUAUGAACUGAUGGAAUGGAUGCGUGAAACACUUCCGUCUCGAUCGAAUGACAACAGGAUCCAAUGUGAAUACCAGUUGUUCUUCAUGAAGAAACUGUGGAUCAACGUAGUUCCUGGAAAGGACCCACUCGCGGACGAAAUGUUCUACUUCCACCAGGAAGUUCCAAAGCUAUUGCAGGGAUACUACAAAGUGUCCAAGCUUGAAGCCGUUGAUCUUGCUGGGUACAUAUUCUGGGCAACUUACGAGGAGGCUGAUAUGCAGCUGCUCCAUAAGUCCUUCCCAGAGAUGAUGCAUUCACUAGUCCCAGAAGACGCUGUGAGAAUGCAGAAACCGGAUCAGUGGAAGAAGGAUAUCAUUGCGAAGGUGAAUUCGUUGAAUGGAAUAAGUCAGUCAAGGGCGAAGCUAGAGUACGUCAAUAUUGUCCACAAGUUCCCCAUGUUUGGAUCGACGUUCUUCGUUGUCAAGCAGGCAACCGAUCAGAAUCUUCCGGAGACGUUGUUGGUGGCGAUCAACAAGCAUGGUUUCAACUUGAUCGAUCCACGCACCAAAGACCUCCUCACUCAGUACAGCUACAUGGAGCUUAACUUCUGGAGCUCGGGCAACACGUACUUCCACAUCAAGUUCGGAAACAUGAUGGGUUCAUCAAAGCUGCUUUUGGAAACGAAACAAGGUUACAAAAUGGAUGACCUACUGACGUCCUACAUUCGUCACUUCAAAACCCAAGGACAAAGGAACUAGAACCAUGUUUAUCUCUUUUCAAAGCAUUAUAUUAUGAAUAAAGCAUGUGCUAUUAAUCUCAAAAAUA